AUGAGGAUUGAAGGGUUCCUUGCUGGCGUCUUCCUGAUAAUCGUUCUUGGAUUUCUUUGUCACCAGUGGAUCGUAAGGAGAAAGAAGCGUAAUUACCCGAAGAAUGUCGUUAUGCUGCACCAAUUCCCCAGAACACCUGUGGCUCCUAAUUUAUCCCCAUUCGCCAUCAAACUGGAAACCUAUCUCAGGAUGGCAAAAAUUCCAUAUAAAAAUGUUUAUACAUAUGAAUUUUCACCUAAACACAAGACGCCAUGGAUCCAAGUCGGUUUCUUUAUCUUUCUUUCGGUCUCCAUCCUUUCUCCCUCUCUAUAUCUUUCUUUCGGUCUCCAUCCUUUCUCCCUCUCUAUAUCUUUCUUUCGGUCUCCAUCCUUUCUCCCUCUCUAUAUCUUUCUUUCGGUCUCCAUCCUUUCUCCCCCUCUAUAUCUUUCUUUCGGUCGCCAUCCUUUCUUCCCCUCUCUAUAUCUUUCUUUCGGUCUCCAUCUUUUCUCCCCCUCUAUCUUUCUUUCGGUCUCCAUCUUUUCUCCCCCUCUUUUUCUUUCUUUCGGUAUCCAUCCUUUCUCCCCCUCUAUAUCUUUCAUUCGGUCUCCAUCCUUUCUCCCCCUCUAUAUCUUUCUUUCGGUCGCCAUCCUUUCCCCCUCUCUAUAUCUUUCUUUCGGUCUCCAUCUUUUCUACCUCUCUAUAUCUUUCGGUCUCCAUCUUUUCUCCCCCUCUAUAUCUUUCAUUCGGUCUCCAUCUUUUCUCCCCCUGUAUAUCUUUCAUUCGGUCUCCAUCCUUUCUCCCCCUCUAUAUCUUUCUUUCGGUCGCCAUCCUUCCCCCUCUCUAUAUCUUUCUUUCGGUCUCCAUCUUUUCUUCCUCUCUAUAUCUUUCGGUCUCCAUCUUUUCUCCCCCCUCUAUAUCUUUCUUUCGGUCUCCAUCCUUUCUCCCCCCUCUAUAUCUUUCAUUCGGUCUCCAUCCUUUCUCCCCCCUCUAUAUUUUCUUUUCGGUCGCCAUCCUUCCCCCCUCUCUAUAUCUUUCUUUCGGUCUCCAUCUUUUCUUCCUCUCUAUAUCUUUCGGUCUCCAUCUUUUCUCCCUCUCUAUAUCUUUCAUUCGGUCUCCAUCUUUUCUCCCCCUCUAUAUCUUUCAUUCGGUCUCCAUCCUUUCUCCCCCUCUAUAUCUUUCUUUCGGUCGCCAUCCUUCCCCCCUCUCUAUAUCUUUCUUUCGGUCCCCAUCUUUUCUUCCUCUCUAUAUCUUUCGGUCUCCAUCUUUUCUCCCCCUCUAUAUCUUUCAUUCGGUCUCCAUCCUUUCUCCCCCUCUAUAUCUUUCAUUCGGUCUCCAUCCUUUCUCCCCCUCUAUAUCUUUCUUUCGGUCGCCAUCCUUCCCCCCUCUCUAUAUCUUUCAUUCGGUCUCCAUCUUUUCUUCCUCUCUAUAUCUUUCAGUCUCCAUCUUUUCUUCCUCUCUAUAUCUUUCUUUCGGUCUCCAUCUUUUCUCCCCCUCUAUAUCUUUCUUUUGUUUCCACACUUUUCACUUCUCCAUGACUUUCUUUCGGUCUCCAUUAUUUCUCCCUCUCUAUAUCUUUCUUUCGGUCUCCAUCCUUCCCCCCUCUCUAUAUCUUUGAUUCGGUCUCCAUCCUUUCUCCCCCUCUAUAUCUUUCAUUCGUCACCAUCUUUUCUCCGCCUCUAUAUCUUUCAUUCGGUCUCCAUCCUUCCCCCUCUCUAUAUCUUUCAUUCGGUCCCCAUCUUUUCUUCCUCUCUAUAUCUUUCAAUCUCCAUCUUUUCUCCCUCUCUAUAUCUUUCUUUCGGUCUCCAUCUUUUCUCCUUCUCUAUAUCUUUCUUUUGUUUCCACACUUUUCACUUCUCCGUAACUUUCUUUCGGUCUCUGUUAUUUCUCCCUCUAUAUCUUUCAUUCGGUCUCCAUCCUUCCCCCCUCUCUAUAUCUUUCUUUCGGUCUCCAUCCUUUCUCUCUGUCUCCAUCUUUCUUUUUUUCCCACCCUUUUCACUUCUCCAUAAUUUUCUUUCGGUCUCCGCCCUUUCUCUCUCUUUGUACAUUUCUUUCGCUUUCAUCCUUUCCCCCCUCUCUAUACCUUUCUUUCGCCUCCUUCCUUUCCAUUUAUAUAUGAAUAAUUCUUUUCGUUUCCUUUCUAGUUUCCGGUCUUUCCGACUGCACACCCGCUUCAUUCCUCGUCUUUAUUUUCCAAAAUUCCUUUACCACUCAUUACUGUUGUAUAGGUCAUUUAUAGUGAGCCGCUGGGUCUACGGUUCAGGAGAUCCUUCCCUAAGGAAGAUAACUGGAUUGAAUCGUUUCUUAGUCUGGAGGGUACGCAAAAUUGUGGAGCCGCAAGCUUAUAGUCAAGGCAUCGGCAGACAUAAUCAUCGUGAAGUUGAAUCAAUUGCCAGGGACGAUCUGCAAGCUCUUUCGGAUUUUAUGGGAGAGAAAAAAUUUCUGAUGGGCAAAGAACCUUGUGAAACAGACUGUACCAUUUUUGGAAUGAUUUCUUUGAUGUGGCAGAUGCCAGUGACCUCGUUCUGCUACAAAUUCAUCAAAGAAAAUACUUUCCCGAACCUGACUGCCUAUUUCUAUCGGAUGAAGAAAGAAUUUUGGCCAGAAUGGACAGACAACACCAAAAUUGUCUUAUAUAAUAAAACACUUCUUCUUUCGUUCCUUUUGCCUGUUCAUCCCCGAUGCCUGGUCUACCCAUACGGAUUACCUAAUUUUGCAUCAACUAUCUAUCUAUCUAUCUAUCUAUCUAUCUAUCUAUCUAUCUAUCUAUAUAUAUAUAUAUAUAGAGAGAGAGAGAGAGAGAUGGCUGCAGUCAAGCUUAUCCGUUGCAUCUUGUUUUCAGAAAAGAAAAAGGAUUAUCCUAAAGAUGUCGUUAUCUUAUUUCAAAUACCUCGAACACCAGUCGCUCCGAACUUGUCUCCGUUUGCAAUCAAAUUGGAGACUUACUUGCGGAUGGCAAAGAUACCUUACAGAAAUGAGUAUGGUAUGAAGUUGUCACCAAAGCAUAAAACUCCUUGGAUCAUGCUUAACGGGCAAGUGAUUAGCGACUCUCAGUUUAUUAUUGAAUUCCUAAACAAAAAGUUUGACAUCAAUCUUAGUAAACAUCUGACGGCGAAAGAGAAGGCAGUUGCUCAUGCUAUGCGGAAAACAGCCGAAGAAAGCCUAUAUUGGACAUUAGUUUUGAGCCGGUGGGUCUAUAGCUACGGUGAUUCUUCGUUGUGGAAAAUAAUUCCAGCGAACAGAUUUAUCUUGUGGAGAAUAAGAUCUGCUGUUACGAAACAAGCUUAUUGUCAGGGCUAUGGCCGACAUACUCCAGAAGAAGUUGAGGCACUCUGUAAGCAAGAUCUUCAAGCUUUGUCUGACCAAAUUGGCCGGAAUCUAUUCUUGAUGGGAAAUCAGCCGUGUGAAGACGAUUGCGCAGUUUUUGGAAUGUUAGCAAUGUUGUGGAUGAUGCCGGAAAGUUCCUUCGUCACCAAAAUCCUAAAAGAUAACGUUUAUCCAAACUUGACUUCCUACUAUGAAAAGAUAAAGAAGGAAUUUUGGCCAGAUUACUAG